AUGGGCCACGGGGAGCACCUCGAAGCGACCUACACCACGCAAAAACCGCCGUGGAUAGGGCUAUGGAGUAGCCGCGAAUAUCGCGGCCGCCCGGACUGGUGGAAAGAGUGCGGGCUGAAGGACGACGUGGUACGACACGGCAAAUGGCGCAUGGUCGGCAGCCGGUACAAGGAGGAGGACCCGGAUUGGUACGAUGCGAAGGUCCCUGACGGAACAUCGCUGUCCGGCCCGAUGGGACUCGACAGCACGCGCCACAAGGAUUUGAGCAUCAAGGCCGACACGCCCGGGGAUCUGCGCGAGUUCCAGGAAAAGGUGAUGAAGGGCUCGCACCAAUACAAGGCCAUCGCCGAGAAGUGGAACCUAUCCAAGGAGCACCCAGGGCUCGACGUCAGCCCGACGAUGAGCGAUCUGGUGUACCGGAAGCACAGUCUGAUCGGUACCGGCAACUUCUUCCCGGUUUCUUGGUCCCACCUGGGCCCUCGCUUCUUCGACAAGCCGCUGAACGCCGCCCCGCACGAGAAGGCGUUUGCCGCGAUGAAGUACACCGCUGCGUUCAUGAUCCCGUACACAAUGUUCCACAUCAAGGCCAACCCACCGGUCGGCUACCCGCCAGUCAACUUCAGGCCGCGCAUGUAUUUUGCCAGAUACUCCCAACUGGCCCCAAUUCCGCUCGCCGUCGCCGGAUCGUGGGCCUUUACGCUGUCGUUUGCUUCGGCCAUCCGUGAUAAGGACGACAUCUACAACCAGUACUAUGCGGCCGGCGCCUCUGCGUUCGCUUUGGGAACAUUGAAGCACAGCUUCCCGAUCGCUAUCACGGCGUUCCUCGUCGCGUCCGUGCUCGGCACCGCCUUCCACUACACGCGCAUCUCGGAGGCUGGCCUUCAGAACCGCGCGCCCGUGCACAGCUCUGCCGGCCACUGGGGCGGCCCACUGUUCUGGAAGCUGUUCCAGCGCGGCGGCUACGAGGUGCCCGAGAAGAACUUC